UUCAUUUUGCAUUUUAUAAGAGAUUCUACUUCCGUUUCCUUCUCUGGUCCUUUUACCGUUAGACCAACCAACUGGUCAUACCUGGCAAUAUGAAGCUCAAUGUAGCUAACCCGGCAACGGGAUGCCAAAAACUAUUUGAAAUUGACGAAGAAAAGAAACUUCGACCAUUCUUUGAGAAGAGAAUAUCAACAGAUGUACCAGCAGAUUCCCUUGGUGAUGAGUGGAAGGGUUACGUAUUCAGAAUAACUGGUGGAAAUGAUAAACAGGGUUUCCCUAUGAAACAAGGUGUUCUGACCACUGGACGUGUACGACUUUUCCUCCAAAAGGGUAUGUCCUGUUAUCGUCCACGACGAACAGGAGAGAGAAAAAGAAAGUCAGUACAUGGUUGUAUUGUCGACAACAGUCUUAGCGUACUCUCUUUGAUUAUUAUUAAGAAAGGAGAACAAGAAAUUCCUGGUUUAACCGACACUACCAUCCCACGUAGAUUAGGUCCUAAAAGAGCCAGUAAAAUCAGAAAACUGUUCAACCUUAGCAAAGAUGAUGACGUUAGACAAUAUGUUGUUAGACGACCCAUGCCCAAAAAGCCAGGUAUGUCGCAGAGGAUUGACUGGUUAUUGAGUUAA